ACAAAAGAUAAUACUCGAUCGGGGUCUGGAGCUGGGUCACAAAGGUCAUGGCAUUUAAUGCCGAAAUUUGAAUUUUUGGCCGAAACGAUGAGGUGUAGGAAAACUUCCGGCUCAAUUCUUCAACCAGUCAACACCAACGACUUACCACGGAGCGACUUUUUUGAUACCGAAACCUCAUUGAAUGUAGAAGCACUGGACGAUAAUUUCAUUGACAUUGACAAUACCCCUGAAAUUACUCUAACCCCAAAUUACUCAAAAACACAACUACCAUCAACAUCAUCAGCUGUUUCAUUGCAAUCGACACCAUUAGCAAAUCCCGCUGCCUUAUUAGAUGUCCUCCCACCAACACCAAAUCAGGAGCUCGAAUUCGCGAUGCACUUUUCAAAGAGAGCUCCAAAGUCCUAAAGCAAAUUAGUGAAGUUGUGAACUCCGACGAAAAAAAUGCAGAAGAACUUGAAAAUCAUUUAAAAAUAUUCGACUAUAUGAGGCGGCAGUCCUUUCGUUUACCUCUAGAACAACGAAACAAACUAAGACGAAAACUAAUGGAUGUGUAUUGGGAACACAUAUUUUAA